AUGUCCCCCUCUCUCUUUCUGUCUCUCUGUCUUUCUCUCUGUCUCUCUCUCUCUAUAUUCAUUUUCAUUCUUACCCCAUUUUUUCUCUUUCUCUCUUUUCUUCUCUUGCGUUACUCUUUUUUUCUUUUGUACAUGAUUCUUCCCUCUCUUUUUCGAUUUGUCUCUCUCACUAUUGGUUAUUGUUCUUAUCAUUUUCUGUUUCCCUUGUUGUUCAUUAUCAUUCUUUUCUCUCUCUUUCUUUUACCCUUGUGCUUCUCUUUCUUUGUACGAGUCUCCUCUCUCUCUCUCUCUCUCUCUCACUCUUACACUCUCACUCUCUCUAAUUAUCCUUUUGAAUUUUUCUGCUUAUCCGUUUCCAUUCUUUCCCUCCUCUUUUUACUUCUCUUUUUCUUUUGUCUCCCCCCUCUCUCUCUCUCUCUCUCUCUCUCUCUCUCUCUUGCUUAUUGGCCUGAUCAUUUUGAAUUUUCCUGGUUAUCAAUUUUCAUUCUUUCCCUCGUCUUUUCUCUUUUCUUUUCUUGUUCUCUUGCGUUUCUCAUUCUUUGUACACCAGCCUUACCCCCUCUCUCUCUCUUUCUACUUCUCUAUCUCUCUUCCCCAAAUGAAAAGGCCAACUUCUCUAUGUCCAUAAGUUAUACUGAGAAUUCUUGA